CCUCCAGGAACAAUCAUGGCGGCAGCGGUGCCCAGUACGUCAUUACUAGUCAUGUGACUGGAGGAGCGCUCCGUGACGUCAGAGCCUGCGCGGUGUUGGCCGCCUCGGGGCAGCUCCCGGGAUGGAGGAGAAAGUCCUGAGAUACGAGACGUUCAUUACGGACACUCUGCAGAAAGAUCUGAGGAGAGUGCUGGAGAAUCGUGACAGUGUGUAUGAGAAGAUCAGUCAGUACCUGCAGCUGAAGAACGUCAUUGAGAAGCUGCAGGAGUUGGAGUCGGGGCCCCUCCAGACACAGGUCGACUUGGGCUGUAAUUUCUACGUAAACGCUGAAGUCCCAGAUGCCUCCAAAAUCUUUGUGGCGUUAGGAUUUGGAUUUUUUGCUGAGCUGACUCUGGAUGAAGCCCUCAGGUUUAUCGAGAAAAAGAACAAAAUGCUGACAGAAAUUAGUGAAAAUCUUACCAAAGACGCUGCCAAUAUAAAAGCCCAUAUCAGACUGGUUCUAGAGGGUCUUCGGGAAUUACAGAAUCUGCCCAGUGAGCCUCUGGAGAAGUGAUAGUAGACGGAGGAGACUGCGGCAUCUAUAAGGAAAGAGGCAGAGACGUGUGUGAGGACAGGACCGGCGCAGGUCAGGUGCUUGUGCCUGCAUCCACAUCAGAGCGCAGCAAUAAGGAUUAUUGGAAAAUUAUUGUGAAAUAAACUUCUGUUCUGUGCAGA